AUGGAGGAAAGGAGAAACGAGGCUGUAAUUGAAUUGAUUCUGGGUAUUUCAAUGCAACUUGAACGAAGGCAUCUUGUUGGAAAAUGGGCUACAGAUCUAUGUAGAAAGAAAACCAUGCAAAGUCCUAGAAUGGCACGAGAGAUGUUAAAACUAGCUAUACAUCUUACACCAGCUCCAGAUGACAUGAUUCUUGUUUAUGAGGUGUCUACCGAGUUGAUGAAUUUAAUGGCCUCUGGAGAUGAUGGAGAUUCUUCUGAUACAUUUCAUAUCAUUAACUGUAAAACAAAGAGCUCACUCGCAGCUCUCUCUCUUCAAAUGAUUGAGUCAUCUCUUACUGAAUUGGAUGGGGGCUUUGGAAAGCUUAAAGCAAUGCUUACAUUAGGUUAUGAUUGUGCUAACAUUGAUGAAGAUCAACCAGCAGAUGAAAUAAUGCUAAGGUUGGCUUUGGAGAAAGGACUCUACUCGAGAUCAACAUUAGUAGUUCAAGUGCUCUCUUCCUUUGCACAUAUGAGCCCUAUGGAUACUCAAGCAGAACAUUUUCUAAAAUUGACUGUCAAGUUCUACAAGCUUUUAACUCGCAUGUCAAAGUCCCAGAUUGCACCUAAAGGCUACAGACAAUCCAUUCCAAGCCUCAAGUUUCAGAAACUGGCAGAAGUAACUUGCAAAAUGCUCACCACUCCCCUUUAUGACUUUGUGUUUGAACAUUUCAUCGCCUCCGAGCCCUUCAACGUGGGGGGAUUCGACUGGGCGAUCUACUUCUACCCCGAUGGGAAGAGCGGCGAGGAUAGCGCUGCCUACGUCUCGCUCUUCAUAGCCCUUGCCAGCGAAGGCACCGAUUUGCGCGCGCUAUUCGAGCUCACGCUCGUCGACCAGAGCGGCAAGGGGCAAAACAAGGUGCAUACCCACUUUGGGAGGUCUCUCGAGAGCGGCCCAUACACCCUCAAGUACCGCAGCAGCAUGUGGUAUGCUUAUCCAUGGUGGAAAGAAAAAGUGAUUGACUUAGAUUUGAAAAGAAAAGAUGGCCUUUGCCCAUUGACGCCUGAGUCCUACGUGGCCGCAUGCGUCGUUGUGUACAACAAGCUCUGGCAUAGCCGUCGCUUGGACGUGGUCCAGACCGGCUGCAUCGCGUUGUCUAUCAUCAAGCAGGGGGACCUCAUGAUCGUCGCCAACGUCAGUGACUCUCAGGUUGUUCUGGGCACCGUAUCUGACGACGGCGUCAUCACGCUGUCGAGCUCAUCGUCCACCUAA